UGACAUUGAUCUUUAUCAUUGACACUUCUUGGUUAACCAAAAAGUGAAUUUGCAAUAGUUUUUAAUAAAACGGCGAACUAAAAUGUCGACUGUGGAAGAUUCCAAAACGUUUUCACGCACGACUUUUAACUGUGAAAGGGCCACUAUUGAAAAUUACUACUGCAAAUAUUGCAACUUCCAUACGGCAAUGACAAUUCUUAUCAAACAGCACUUAGAAGAGUCCCACAGCGAUAAAAUGAGCCACAGAGAUGUAGUGUUAAUUGCAGAACAUGGCUUCAAAACAUAUACUUGUGACAAUUGUAAUAUCAAAACAACGCUUUUCAUGAGGUGGGGUGAACAUCGUACCCAAUGUGUAGGAAAGAAAGGAAAUCGUCGGUGUUACAAAUGUGAUGAGUGUGGAGUAGUUUUUAGGUAUCUAGAGUCUUUAAAAACACAUAGAAUUUCCAAACAUCUUAGCGCUGAUGAAAUACAUUGGUACUUGUGCUCUGUGUGUCCAUAUCAAACUAAACAUAAAAUACUUUUGAAAAGACACAUGGGUUCAGUCCAUCACAAUACAACAGAUAUUAAAUGGUAUGAAUGCACAAAAUGUACAUUCAAAACUAAACGACCAGAACGUUUAGAACAACACACAAUUACCCAACAUUUGAAUCAACAAGAUACUGAAUGGCAUCAAUGCAUAAAAUGCCCAUAUAAAACUGAACUUGAGUCUUCCUUAGAACUUCAUAUAAAUUUGAAACAUACAGAUCAACAGAGUAAUGAAUGGUGUGAAAGUCAAAAGUGUCCAAAUGAAGCUCAAAACAAUACACAAUUAAAAAGUCACUCAAGUAAACACCAUUUAGAAGAACAUGACAUUAAAUGGCACCAAUGUAAAAAAUGCCCAUUCAAAACUAAACACACAUAUUCUUUAAAACUUCAUACAAAUGCAAAGCAUACAGAUGAGAAGAAUAUUAAGUGGUAUGAAUGUGAAAAAUGCCCAUAUAAAGGUAAAGAAAAAUCACAUUUAAAACGUCACAUAGUUAGUCAACAUUUAAAUGAACAAGACAUGAAAUGGUAUAAAUGUCAAAAAUGUUCAUACAAAGCUAAAACAAGUUUUCGUUUAAAAGAACACAUAAAUGUUCGACAUUUGGAAGAAAAGGAUAUUAAGUGGUACGAAUGCAAAAUGUGUACAUUUGAAACUAAGUAUCCUCGAAGUUUACGUGACCACAUGAGUAUACGCCAUGUAGAUAGACAGGACAUUAAAUGGCUUGAAUGUAAAGAAUGUCCUUACAGAGGCAAACGAAAUGCGGAUUUAAAACGACAUACAAUGUCGUAUCAUUCAGGUGAACAGCGGGAGAUCAAAUGGUAUGAAUGCAAAUUAUGUCCAUUCAAAAGUAAAUGGGACUCCGCCUUAAGGAAGCACGUCAACACACAACAUCAGAACGGGGAUGGCAUUUUAAAUGAGUUGUUUCAAAACCAGUAAUUCCCCUUUUCAUUUACAAAGUUAUGUAUUAAUAUGAUAAGACUACAAAAGCUUUCAUUUUUAAUAUACAAGAAUUCACUAUUCGUUACAAUAUUACUAUUAUUAUUAUUAUUUGUCUAUUAUCUGCAUAUAUCUAAUAGUACUAUAUUGCUAACUGGCCUCAAGAGUCCGAAAACAUAACGGCAGAGCAAUAUAUCGGACCUCUCUGUCUCUCUGUGGUACUAAACAGUACUGCGCAUACACUCGUACUUGCUUGAUUUGUAGUCGAUAGCGUGAUUGGAUGCGUUUUGACGUUUCGUACUUUCGCUUCUAUUUUGUGUACAUGCGCACAGACCCUGGGUACUCUGAUAGAUAGAAAACAACAUCUUCUGUCUCUCUCUAUCCGUGAACACCGUUUCUAUGUUACUUCUGAUGAGUUAGCAAUAUAGUAGUAUUAGAUAUAUGAUUAUCUGUAUUAUUACUUCUUGUUGCUAAUAAAUGAAGAAAAAAAUGACUAAAAA